AUGAAUCAACCUAAUUUCACUGUGGCGCCUUCUUACUUUUCUACUCCACAAGAUCCUUCUCCUCCAUCUUGGACCUCCAGAGUUCUCAUCCCGGCUGUGGUGCUGUCCUUCUGCUUUAUUCUGGGAGUUCCUGGAAACAUAGCUGUGAUUCUUCUCAAGCCUAACUGGCAGAAAAUGUCCAGCCUGAGCCGACAGUUGAUGUGCAAUCUGGCCGUUUCUGACCUGCUCUGCCUGAUGACUCUUCCACCUUGGAUUUACAAUUUAAUCUACAGCUGGCCAUUUGGGAUGGGAAUCUGUAAACUUUUAACAGGGCUUGUGUAUUGCAGUGUUUAUGGCAGCAUGCUGACUGUGACCGCAGUUAGCGUCCAGCGCUAUGUCGUGGUGGUCCACCGCAGGAACUGCAAACAGGUACCAGGAAGACUAAUACUGGUUCUGCUUUGGCUGGUUGCUGUUCUCAUCUCCAUCCCCAGUUUGGUGGUUCGAAGGCUGGUAACGGAUCAGAAAGUGACAUAUUGCCGACCAGAAUACUCUUCUGAUGCCCAAAGAGUAGCAUUGCUACUGAUAGAGGCCACAGUGGGGUUGGCUUCUAUAUCUUUAGUGGCAUUUGCUUAUGUUAGUCUCCAAAGAAGGGUUAGUCAAGGUGCCCUUUUUAAAAAUCAUCAAACAACCCAAAUUGUCACCAGUAUCAUCGCCUGCUUUUUUGUCCUGUGGGUCCCGUAUCAAGCCCUGAAUCUGCUGGGCGUGGCAGCUAUUUGUUUGAAGAAUGACUUUCUGUUAAAAUUUUGCAAAACAACAUGGAAUAUUACUGGAGCACUAGCUUUUGUAAAUAGUUGCAUCAAUCCACUUCUCUAUGCAUUUUGUAUCAUUUGCUUAAAAAAGCACCAUGGACAACAGGACUCCAUAAAUCCUCAAACACCAGAUAUAAGUGCAAGUGCAACUUCUUAGCUUUAAACACACAAAUGUCCUCCUGUCCUCUGUCAGCUUAAAACUCUUAUGAAAAGCUAAGAACAAUCUUAGAUUGUAUAAUCAUUCCAACUAAAUACAUAAAAGCUUUUGUUACGUUUUUACAACUAUGACAGGCGUAACGAUGAAAUAAAUAUGUACAUUGCAAUAUAUAGUCUGCUGUAUGUUUUUUAUGCUGAUAUUUUUUACUACGGUACUUGCAAUACAUGAAUUUGCUAUUUAGUAAGUUAAAAGGGCAGAGAAGAAAAUACAUUUGAAAUUGACUAUAUUCGGCAAACGCAACUUGUAUCUGCUAUUAAGCACCAAACAGAAUCAGUGCUGCAUUUUUCAUAUAUGUUUUCAUAUAUAUCUGUCCGUUCUAUGGUGUUAUAACAUAUUUCGGUUUUGAGUUUUUCAG